CAUUAACAGUACGGGUAACUUGACGCCAUGUUGCAAAAUGGACGCUAUGUUGUCUUCACGGGACAAGGUGAAUACUCUGGAAUAUUUCCUUGGAGGUAGACAAUUAUCUGCAUGAAUGCUGCAAUGUUCAGAGCUAUUGUUUCAUAUCGAUUGUUAUCGAUCUUUCAUUGUUAUAUUAAUUUAAUUUUUAAAUUAGCAGUUGCUGAAUGAAUGAAUUUAAGAACAGAAAUUAAGAAUGUUUUUAUGUUAUAUGUAAUUCGAUGCUUAGCUUUCGAAAUUAUAAACACUUUAUUUCUACGUCUUAAACGCUUUAAAUAAAGUUGUUUAAUUUUUAAAAAAAAUAAACGUUUAUUUUUAAGCUUAUUGAUAUUGUAAAUGAAAUGUAUCGAAAGUCCUUCAAUAUGUGAAUCCGAUUGUAUGAACUCAAGUCGAGCCCAACCAUUAUAUGCAUAAACUUUCAUGUCAACAACAUAUGACUAGCGGCUAUACAAAGAAAUGGGGGGGGGAUUGGCUUAUGAAAACCACUGACAUAAUAAUAUUAGGUCACAGUCCCAUCAUAUCAUUAGGUCAUAGUCACAUAGUGAAUCAUAUCAUUAGGCUUAGGUCACAGUCCCAUCAUAUCAUUAGGUCAUAGUCACAUAGUGAAUCAUAUCAUUAGGCUUAGGUCACAGUCCCAUCAUAUCAUUAGGUCAUGGUCACAUCGUGAAUCAUAUCAAUAGGCUUAGGUCACAGUCCCAUCAUAUCAUUAGGUCAUAGUCACAUCGUGACUCAUAUCAUUAGGCUUAGGUCACAGUCCCAUCAUAUCAUUAGGUCAUAGUCACAUCGAGAAUCAUAUCAUUAGGCUUAGGCUACAGUCACAUUACAUCAUUAGGUCAUAGUCCAAUAAUAUCAUUAGGUCACAGUCCCAUCAUAUCAUUAGGUCAUAGUCACAUCGAGAAUCAUAUCAUUAGGCUUAGGUCUCAGUCACAUUAUAUCAUUAGGCCAUAGUCCAAUAAUAUCAUUAGGUCACAGUCCACUUAGAUUAUUAAGUCAUAGUCAAAUAAUAUCAUUAGGUCACAGUCACAUCAUAUCAUUAGGUCACGGUCACAUCAUUUCAUUAGGUCAUAGUCAAAUUAUAUCAUUAGGUCAUAGUCAAAUAAUAUCAUUAGGUCACAGUCACAUCAUAUCAUUAGGUCACGGUCACAUCAUCUCAUUAGGUCAUAGUCAAAUAAUAUCAUUAGGUCACAGUCACAUCAUAUCAUUAGGUCACGAUCAAAUCAUAUCAUUAGGUCAUAGUCAAAUAAUAUCAUUAGGUGAAAGUCACAUCAUAUCAUUUGGUCAUAGUCAAAUAAUAUCAUUAGUUCACAGUCAUAUAAUAUCAUUAGCUCAUAGUCAAAUAAUAUCAUUAGGUCACAGUCACAUCAUAUCAUUAGUUCCACGUCAAAUCAUAUCAUUAGGUCAUAGUCACAUCAUAUCAUUAGGUCAUAGUCACAUAAUAUCUUUCGGUCACAGCCAUAUCGUAUCAUUAGGUCAUAAUCACAUCAUAUCAUUAGGUCACAUAAUAUCAUUAGGUCAAGGGCACAUUAUAUAAUUAGGUCAGAGUAACAUCAUAUCAUUAGGUCGAAGUCACAUCAUAUCAUUAGUUCAUAGUCACACCAUAUCAUUAGACCAUGGUCACAUCAUAUCAUUAGGUCAUUGUCAAAUCAUAUUAUUAGGUCGCAGUCACAUCAUAUCAUAAGGCCAUUGUCACAUCAUAUCAUUAGGUCAUUGUCACAUCAUACUAUUAGGUCAUAGCCACAUCAUAUCAUUAGGUCGACGUCACACUAUAUCAUUAGGCCACAUUCACAUCAUAUCAUAUAGGUCACAUCACAUGAUAUCAUUAGGCCACAGUAACAUCAUAUCAUUAGACCAUGGUCACAUCAUAUCAUUAGGUCAACGUCACAUCAUAUCAUUAGGUCACAUUCACAUCAUAUCAUUAGAUCACAUUGACAUCAUAUCAUUAGGUCACAUUCACAUCCUAUCACUAGGUCAACGUCACAUCAUAUCAUUAGGUCACAUUCACAUCAUAUCAUUAGGUCACAUUCACAUCAUAUCAUUAGGUCACAUUCACAUCAUAUCAUUAGGUCACAUUCACAUCAUAUCAUUGAGAUGACCCGGACAGCACCUCUUCCCCUUUAAACAAUGUCACCACCCAAAUGUAUUGGUCCUGGUAACACUCUAGCUGGUGACUGUCCCAUCCAACUGGACGUUCCUUGGUCAAGGUUUAUGGUUUUUGAUUAGUAUUUCGUUAGGUUCAACUGCUUUUACCAGGAAGAUGAUCCAGUGUCACCAAUCAAAGUGUCAUGUGCGACAAAAAAAGCGAAUCUGCAAGUGUGUUGUACUUGUUUAGGGAUAAAUCUGUGUUGUAAUUGUGUAAGGUUAAUCUGUGUUGUAAUUGUGUAAGGUUAAUCUGUGUUGUAAUUCUCCAGGGUCAAUUCUGUGUUUUAAUUAUGUAGGGUUAAAUCUGUGUUCAAAGAGUGUAGGAUUAAAUCUGUGUUGUAAAAUAGUAGGAUUAAAUCUGUAUUGUAAUUGUGCAGGGUGUCGAUAAUGGGAGUUCACUAAUAAUUGCCGCGCAUGGAUAUUGUGUCUUAUUGUGCGCGGUGUUGUUUAAAAAGAAUCAUUAGUUAAUGAACGCUUGUCCCUCACUUUACGCGGUGACCUAUUUUUAUGGUAAUCAUGACGUAUUGUCUAAGUCUGCCUUGAAAUGUACAGCCUUUUAAAUAUAUUUAUAGAUUAAGGUAGAUUGCUAAUGAGCACUGAAUUGUGUUUGAUUCGUUGUAUAACAAGGUAUGAACAUGGGAAGAAUCUGAAGAAUUCAACCAAUCAAAUAUACUGAGCAUCGAUACAGGGGUAUAGCUGUAUUGUGAUUGGUCAGGGGUAUAUCUGUGUUGUGAUUGGGAAGGUAUAUCGGUGUUGUGAUUGGGCAGGGUGUACGCCAUCUUUUGUACUCUUUAUCAAACAAACAUAGCGUGUAAUCUCUGGUGUAUUAGCGCUACAUAUUAGGGCUACACAUUAGGGCUACUUAUUAGGGCUACGUAUUAGGGCUACUCAUUAGCUCUACUUAUUAGGGCUACUUAUUAGGGCUACUUAUUAGCACUACUCAUUAGGGCUACCUAUUUGGCCGACAUAUGAGGGCUUUGAUGUCCACACCGUCGAAGUAGAAUGCACUUUGAAAGCUGAAAAGUUGCUGCUAAAAAUUUUGAGUCAUAUUUAACUCAGUUGCAGACUGGAGGUCUUUCAUAGCAAUACCGGUUCACAUACCAGUAUCGGUUCACGUAUCAGUAUCGGCUCAUCUGCCAGUAUCGGUUCACGUAUCAGUAUCGGCUCAUCAGCCAGUAUCGAUUCACGUAUCAGUAUCGGUUGACGGAACAGUAUCGGUUCAUGUCCUAUCACUUUGGAAACGCAGUGCUAGAUCAGUGAUCUGGAACCUGCAGCUCGCGAGCCGCAUGUGGCUCUUUGAUCUUUCUAAGGUAGCUCUUGGGUACUAUCAGUUACUAGAUCAAAAACUGAAUAUUUGGCUCUUUGCCAUGAAGAAUGCUACCGACCUCUGUGCCAGAUAAUUAGAAGUGCGAAGUCUUAUAAAAUUACCUUAUUUAAAUCAUUUCACUUAUAUUUAAUUAACGGCAAUCACUCGGUCCGUUAUGUUAUUCGAUACCAAAAUGUAUUCACAUGUAUUAUAUUUGUUUUGACAGGAUUUGUUGACAUCCUGAAGACAUGCACAGGACAUGCACAGGACCAAAGAAGCAUUAUCAUCACAUUUGUAACUGGUGCGGUGUUGAUUCAAUCAAGACCUCAUCAUUAAAUAUCCGAGACGGGAUUAGUUUUUUUGGAAUAUAUUGAUUGCAUCACCGUUUGAACGCUCUGACCCCGAGACUCCACAGUUAGAAAGGUUGAACAUUAGCACACACAAACAAUUGUGUCAUCUGCACACACAAACAGUUGUGUCAUCGGCACACACAAACAGUUGUGUCAUCUGCACACACAAACAGUUGUGUCAUCUGCACACACAAACAGUUGUGUCAUCUGCACACACAAACAGUUGUGUCAACUGCAACACAAACAGUUGAGUCAUCUGCAACACAAACAGUUGGGUCAUCUGCACACACAAAAAGUUGGCUCAUCUGCGACACAAACAGUUGGGUCAUCUGCAACACAAACAAUUGUGACAUCUGCACACACAAACAGUUGGGUCAUCUGCAACACAAACAGUUGUGUCAUCUGCACACACAAACAAUUGUGUCAUCUGCAACACAAACAGUUGGGUCAUCUGCAACACAAACAAUUGUGUCAUCUGCACACAUAAACAGUUGUGUCGACUGCACCAAAAACAAUUGUGUCAUCUGCACACACAAAAAGUUGGGUCAUCUGCAACACAAACAGUUGGGUCAUCUGCAACACAAACAAUUGUGUCAUCUGCACACACAAACAAUUGUGUCAUCUGCAACACAAACAGUUGGGUCAUCUGCAACACAAACAAUUGUGUCAUCUGGACACAUAAACAGUUGUGUCAUCUGCAACACAAACAAUUGUGUCAUCUGCACACAUAAACAGUUGGGUCAUCUGCAACACAAACAGUUGGGUCAUCUGCAACACAAACAGUUGGGUCAUCUGCAACACAAACAGUUGGGUCAUCUGCAACACAAACAAUUGUGUCAUCUGCACACACAGACAAUUGUGUCAUUUGCACACACAGACAGUUGUGUCGUCUGCUAACAGAAUAUGGUUGACCCCGUUGUGUCAUCACGUUUUGGCACGCGUCCACUGCUGGACGUGCCGGCCAUGUUGGUGUCCGGACACAGUGGCCUGGAGGUGUCCUCGCUACAAUCCCCUGCCUACUCCGCCAUCAGCGCCAACCCCUUCCCCAGGGCCCACAACCCGAUGCUCGGAGCAGGAAUUUACAACCCGCCCUCAGGCUACAACACGACGGGCGGGCUGCCACCGCCCCAGCCUGGGAUGUAUGGGGGCCUGGACCGUAGGCACCACUCGGCGCCCCAGGCGGGAUUCUUUAACCAGCCACCCCAGCAGUAUUUUUAUGGUCCAAACGGAGAGGUGGUUAACCCGGCGCCAUUUUAUAACCCCCAGGCGAUGUACCCGGGAGUGGCUAAUCCUUAUCCUUAUCAACCUUACGCCCCUGUUCCUCAGCAUGUUCCUCAGCAUGUUCCAGUGCCUGUUCCUGUUCGAGUUCCCUAUCCAUCGUACGGGCCUUUCAAUCCAGGAUUCAGCAUCACUUGUGAUCUGGAGUUUGGUCGAGUCAUGAGCAUUGAUGUGAGGGAAUCACAAGGUGAGUUCAGGGGAAUUCCCGAUUUUCUUAAGGAAGAACUGAUGCGCACGUACGGGAAAUAUCCCUUCACGGAAGUCAAAAUAAAAUUAGAAAACGGGGAGUUCCACAUCUAUGCCACACACGAUCGCCGCACCAAAAAUCGCCAUCGGCGUCGCCGGAGGGCACGGGACUCCGACACUGAAAGUGAAUAUAACUUUGAUGAUGAGGACGACGAGGAAGACAGAUUUAUUCGAUUCGAUGCCGCAUACAAGAGUGAUGUCGAUUCGUACACGAGUGGAGUUCGACCGAGAAAUCCGGAGAUGAGACCAAGGGGCAUAAUUCGCGAGAGGGGCUGGAACAGAUAUAGGUGAUUACAAAUGUCAAUGAGUUUUAUCUUGAUAGUGUUAUUUAUUCGUUUUAACAACCAAAAUAAAACAAAAGACGCUAGCAACAGAUUUGAAAAUAUUACAUUGGGACCGUAUAAAAGUUAUUGAAACAUAUAUUGUAAAGUAAUUUCGCUUUUGUUCGAAGGCUAAAAGUAGAAAAAAAAAAAGAUUUCAGGUCAGUUUUCUGAGACCUCACGCCUCACUGUCACCUCACUGUCACCUCACUGUAGCCUCACUGUCACCUCACUGUCUUAAGGUGGUGUCACAAAAAGCUGAGCUGACCUGGUUGAACCAAUCAAGAAAAGUGAAAAAAUCAAUGACAGCAGAAGUCCACAUUCUUUCAGAAUAUUUCACCUGCCGUACAAGUUGUUAGAUCAACAUUGGCAAAGUGUGAAAGCAAGGAUGACUAGGGUUGUGACUUGAUAGCCUUAGUCCUCAAAUAUCGUCUGCCACAACAAUGUAACUAAAUGUAGGGCUGCGUGGAUGAUUCUUAUUGUCAUCCAUCCAAACUCACUGAGACAUCUACCGCACUUGUCUAAACAUAGUGCAGUCUUGUCUCGGCAGGUAAAUGAUACAUGGACCGAUGUUAUGUGAAUUCAUCUGAGCAGCAAUCAGUGUAUGCCCUGUACAAUUGUUGGAUGAUCUAAAAAUUGUAGUAUGUUCUGAACGAUUGUUGUAUGUUCUGAACAAUUGUCUGUAUGUUCUGAACAAUUGUUGUAUGUUCUAAACAAUUGUUGUAUGUUCUGAAAAAUUGUUGUAUGUUCUGAACAAUUGUUUGUUCUGAACGAUUGUUCUAUGUUCUGAACAAUUGUUUGUAUGUUCUGAACAAUUGUUGCAUGUUCUAAAAAUUGUUGUAUAUUCUGAAAAAUUGUUGUAUGUUCUGAACAAUUGAUGUAUAUUCUGGACAAUUGUUGUAUGUUCUGAACGAUUGUCUGUAUGUUCUGAACAAUUGUUGUAUGUUCUAAAAAUUGUUGUAUAUUCUGAAAAAUUGUUGUAUGUUCUGAACAAUUGAUGUAUAUUCUGGACAAUUGUUGUAUGUUCUGAACAAUAGUCUGUAUGUUCUGAACAAUUGUUGUAUGUUCUAAACAAUUGUUGUUUGUUCUAAACAAUUGUUGUAUGUUCUAAACAAAUGUUGUAUAUUUUGAACAAUUGUUGUAUGUUCUGAACGAUUGUUCUAUGUUCUGAACAAUUGUUUGUAUAUUAUGAAAAUUGUUGCAUGUUCUAAAAAUUUUUUGUAUUUUCUGAAAAAUUGUUUGUAUGUUCUGAACAAUUGUUGUAUGUUCUGAACAAUUGAUGUAUGCGCUGAAUGAUCAUAGUGUGGACUUAAAUAUUUGUUUCAUGCCCUGAAUCGAGAGAUAGAUUUUUAAAAUGUUUGGUGAUGGUGAAAUGAUUGUAAUAAGUUGUAAAAUUUCAGAGGUUGUUACGAGAAUGUUGCAUCCAAUUUAUUAACUACAUGUACGAUUCUCAAAGCAUGAGCUUAAAUAAUGUAUAUUACUAUUCAUCCAAUCAAUAGACUGUUCUAUAGAUGGUGUAUGAUAUUGUGUUGCUGAUAAAUUUGUUCUAUAGAACAUUCAUGACAUUGUGUUGUUGAUCAAGUUAUUCUAUAGAACAUUAAUAACAUUGUGUCACUAAUACAGUUGUUCUAUAGAACAUUCACGGCAUUGUUUAACUGAUGAAUUUCUUGUGCGGUAUUAGCAAACCUUCAGAUUUAGUUAUGUAUGACAUAUGUAAUGUCAACACAAGCCACAAUAUGCUUGUAUGUUUGCUUAUAACUGAUAGUCAUUUUAGGUACUAGUGAUUUGUAGUUGGUAAGUUGACAUAUAUAAAUUAAACGUUUCUUUGAUAUGUAUAAUGUAAUGUAAUGUAAUGCAGUGUAAUCUAAUGUGUCUGUUUGACAUUAAAGUUGCCGGUAUCACCUA